UCCAUAUCAUGUGAUUCAGGUGUUCCAAUCCCCUCCAUAUCGUGUAAUUCAGGUGUUCCAAUCCCCUCCAUAUCAUGUGAUUCAGGUGUUCCAAUCCCCUCCAUAUCAUGUGAUUCAGGUGUUCCAAUCCCCUCCAUAUCAUGUGAUUCAGGUGUUCCAAUCCCCUCCAUAUCAUGUGAUUCAGGUGUUCCAAUCCCCUCCCAAUCAUGUGAUUCAGGUGUUCCAAUCCCCUCCAUAUCAUGUGAUUCAGGUGUUCCAAUCCCCUCCAUAUCAUGUGAUUCAGGUGUUCCAAUCCCCUCCAUAUCAUGUUAUUUAGGUGUUCCAAUCCCCUCCCAAUCAUGUGAUUCAGGUGUUCCAAUCCCCUCCAUAUCAUGUGAUUCAGGUGUUCCAAUCCCCUCCCAAUCAUGUGAUUCAGGUGUUCCAAUCCCCUCCAUGGACACAGGUGUAUAC